AUGUUUCUCUGCGUGGGGUAUCUUCGCUUGCGCUCUUCCCGCCAUCUACAUGCCAGCGAUUCAAUGCCUCCACUUGCGGAUUUCUUCGGGGGAGUUUCCGAUCGUGGCGGCGUAGCGGUAUCUGGUUGGUCAUCGAGAACCGCGGGAGCGUACUUUUCGGGAAUGAGCUCGAGGAGAGAGGGCGGGACUUUGUCUUCGCCGGUGUUGUGGUGGACGGCGAUGUGGUCGCGCAGAACCUUCUCGAUGGCGGCGAAGGUGCAGCCGGGAUACGGGCAUUUCUCGUGGAGAGCGAGGUGCUCCUGCUUCUUGGCCUCCGAAAUGAACCAUUUCUUGCAGGUGGUGCACUCGAUUUUGGGGGCGUGGGAAGGAAGGGAGGCGCUUGAAGGUGUAAUCGACUUUUUGUUGAGCGGGCAGAACUGGAUCCAAUGUCCUUUCUGCUUGCAGCGUCGACAGGUGUAGCUCGCGGGCGGAGGGAACUUCUGGCCUUCGAUCAC